UAUUUAUCAAGAUGGCGCCGUGCCGUACAGAGCUGUGGUGAAUUGCUUGGCAAUUUCGACAAUGUUUACCUGAGUGCCAGCGCAAAAUUUGUCGAAGGCUCCGUCACCGGGAAACCGCAGCUCGUGAAGAGUGGAAUUUUGGUGAGGCCAGGUUGAAUCCGUGACCUGGCUUUCGGUGCGGACCUUCUGAAUGCGCAGAGGCUGCUCGCUCUCUCCGUAGGCAGUGUCCGCAAAUCUACCAAAGGAAGACUUGCAGAUUUUGACUGAUUCGGGCACCAUGUCGGCCGACCGCGUCGAUCAGUAGGCAGACCGUGGGCCGAAUUUCGACCGGCCGACUCUCAGCAGUCAGCAUUUGAUCGUUCGAAUCAGCCGGCCGGGAGAGAAGGUGAAUCAGAAUGGACCAGGCGGGGCAAGAUGAGCCGCUGAUGAUGCCCGUGGCCAGGGCCUACAACAUCAUGGACUCGUCCAGGGUGUCCACCUUCCUCAUUUCCAUACUCCUCAUCGUUUACGGCAGUUUCAGGUCGCUGAACAUGGAGCAGGAAGCGCGCGAGCGGGAGAAGAACAAGGCGAACACGGCGAACCCUUCGAGCGGCGUCGAAAACACGUCAAUAUUUUUCACAGAUGUGCAGACGCUGGACACAAUGCAGGCGCUGUGUCUGCCCCUAGGCGCCUCCAUCUCCCUCCUCGUCAUGUUUUUCUUCUUCGACUCGAUGCAGAUGCUUUUCGCCAUUUGCACUGCCAUCAUAGCCACUGUUGCGUUGGCCUUUCUGCUUCUUCCCAUGUGUCAAUAUAUUAUUCGACCAUGCUCUGAAAAUAAAAAGAUCUCAUUUGGUGUGUGUGGCCGGUUCACCGGAGCUGAGCUCCUUUCGUUCUCUCUGUCUCUGUUUAUCGUCUGCAUUUGGGUUCUCACCGGUCACUGGCUGCUCAUGGAUGCCAUGGGCAUGGGACUGUGUGUUGCAUUUAUUGCGUUGGUGCGUCUGCCAAGUCUCAAGGUGUCCACUCUGCUGCUCACUGGCCUCUUGAUCUACGACGUGUUUUGGGUCUUCUUCUCGUCCUACAUCUUCAGCACCAACGUCAUGGUCAAGGUCGCGACUAGACCUGCAGACAACCCAGUCAAUUUAGUAGCUCGCAAGCUGCAUUUGGGCGGAGUGGUGCGCGAAGUGCCGAAACUCUCUCUGCCUGGCAAGCUCGUCUUUCCAAGCAUGCACAACAGCGGCCACUUCUCAAUGCUUGGCCUCGGCGACAUAGUGAUGCCAGGUCUGUUGCUGUGUUUCGUUCUGCGAUACGACAUGUACAAGAAAUCUCAGUCCAUGCAUUUUGCGGAUGCUGGCGUGCCUCCCCCAAGGCAUCUUAGUAAGAUAAGUUACUUCCACUGCUCCCUAAUUGGCUACUUCCUUGGUCUGCUAACUGCCACAGUGAGCUCGGAAGUAUUUAAGGCUGCUCAGCCAGCGCUGCUCUAUCUUGUACCUUUCACCCUGCUGCCCCUGCUCACCAUGGCCUACCUCAAGGGUGACUUGCGGAGGAUGUGGAGUGAACCAUUCAUACCAUACGUGCCAGCCAAGCACCAAGAGGUCUGAUCGGUCCACCAGCAGCAAUUUAAAGAGUGGAUGGAUAUAGGAAGCAUUUUUCGUAAGAAGCACCCUUCCGUUGAUUCUGUGAAUGGAAAAUGUACCCGUUGACUCAACAACAUACAUACAAUAAGUCGGACAACGGAAAUUUUUGAUUUACACAUUCUGUGUCUGCGUGUGAUAUAUUAUCAAUUAUCAAAAAGAAAAUGAGAAAUUGAAAGAAGUCUAUCUUUGAUGAAAAAAAGAGAUUCUGAGCGACCGAGUGCGAGAACUUUAUACUUUCUCCCGUGAUUCAAGUCCUUUAUUUGAUUAAUCCUGCUAAGUAUUCACUUUUAGUUUUUGCUGUGAAGAAAACUGGAAGUAAAAUUUAAUGUCUGUAGAGAUUCUUUGUUGUUAAUUUUCUUUUUUAGUCAGAUGUGAUGUCGGGACAUUUUAAAAAUGCCUUCGCCAACAUGCAUAAAAAGAUGUUGUAUUCCUCCUGAACUAACCAUUUUAUGUGCGAGCAAAAAUUUCUUGUUAGCGUUAAGUAUUUUCUAAUUAAAGAUGCAUUACAGAUUACAACAUUGAAA